AUGUCCGUCAACGCCGCCAAUAUGUAUGAGAAACAAUACGACUACGGGGACUGCCCUAUAAAGCAUGGAGAGAUUCGCCUUAUGAUUCUCAAACCAAAUGCGCACCAUUCGGCUGAGAUUGUUGUUCAGCCGAGAGUAGUCUCCAUCCAAGAGAUUAUAGGAAAUCCCCAGACUUUCAAAUACGCGGCUAUAUCACACAGUUGGGGUAGUGAGGACGAGAGCAAUACUGUCUUUGUUGACGCGCCUCAUGGCCAUGGACCGCAAGCCGUUUCCGUGGUGAUCGACUUCUCAACGGACGCGGCACACUCCCUUCAGAAGAUGGAGCGAGUUGACGGAAGUAUCUACGCUCCACGGCAGAGGCUACAAAGUCUUGUCUCCUCGCUGUCGACUUUCAAGACGUCCGAGCCUAGAGAUACGAUAUAUGCGCUUCUCGAUCUAGCUACGGAGACAUGCAAACUUUCGAUGAGCAACAACUUACAGCAACCCCAGCGGAUCAUACGACGGCGGAACCCUGCUCCGGAGUCCGACUACAGCAUCGACUUGCUCCACCUUUACACAAAGUUCACCAAAUGGUGUAUCGGCGAAAGUCAUUCUUUGGACAUUAUCUGUCGUCGCUGGGCGCUCCCCGAGCUUGAACAGAAGCUAGAUGAGCAGUGCCCAGAGCUUAUGAAGCUGCCGUCAUGGAUCAAAACGGUAGAGGAAUCUGAGUCUCGUCCCCGAAAUGGAAGCUUAGGCGGACGGAAAACAGCGAAUAGUCUUGCUGGCCUACCUGGGAACUGCUGUUACAACGCUUCAAAUGGCCACUUCCCCAACGUUGAGUUCAGGAGAGACAAGACACCUAAGCUGGUUGAAGGCUCUCCGCCAGAUAUCCUCCGCGCGCAAUCGCAGAUAAUUUCCGACAUGAACCUGACGAUGACCAUUAGAGGACGGUCAAUUGGAGUCGUCUCAGAAGUUCAUUCAAUGCACAGCGGUAUCAUUCCGAGUAAAGUUCUACUGAGUCUAGGCCAUGUUUCGAGUACAGAGCCGCAAAAUGUCCCGGACGCUGUCUGGAGGACACUCGUAGCAGACCGGGAUGUAGACGGAAAAGCAGUGCCGAGAUGGUAUCAACGAGCUUGCAUGGGAUGUCUGUCGUCCGUCACUGAUGCUGAGGAUAUUGACACCAAUGCAAUUCUCCAACGAUGCGACCCUCCAACGGAUCUCAGCGCAGCUUACUUGAAGAGAUUACAGGCUGUCUGCUUCAACAGGAACUACAUCGGAUGCGAGGAUGCGAACGGGAAGAAUGGGAAGUUGGUAGGGAUAGCUCCUCUUGAUUCCAAGGUCGGCGAUGUCGUGUGCAUUCUUUUCGGAUGCUUCGUCCCUUGUGUUCUCCGGCCUUUCUGGGAUGCCAGAUGGCGUGAGUCUCAGCCUUAA